CUGGUGGAAGACUCGCCGACGGACUGGAAGAUGACGCUAGGAGUCAGAAUCGACCGCCGACGCAAGGCGGAGGCGGAGUCGAGCCACCGCUCGGGUUGCUCGGUGACAGGGAGAAAGAAGCUCGCGACGAGCAAGGGAAGGGUGAAGAGCGGCAAUUCCUCUCUGCUCACAAACCCUAGGACUGCUUCCUUGGGCCGUGAAGCACUUCUAAGCAGAAGUGGUCGUGGGCCUCACUGGUCAGUCGGGCUCGACUUGACUGGGCCUCACAAGCCGAGCGGGCCCAAAGCAGGCCGGCAAACUGGGCUUUCCUGGGGCCGAAGGGAUCAGGAGGACAUGCCAAGGUUUUGGGUUAGAUGGUUUAAGCAAAAGCUUGUUCGUGGGCCAAAUGACAAGGGAACCGGCUGGGUUCUUGGUAAGGCUAGGCUGAGUUUUCAUGUGGACUGUUUUAUUGGACCCAUUUUGCAGGGAGAUAAUUUAAAGAGAGAAGGAAAUGGGCUUAAGAGAAGGCAUGACCCAAUGCAGAUUGAAGAAACCAUUGACCAAGCCAGUGGGCUAGCACCAGGAAAACUUUUCGAGGGCCUUGAUGAAAUGGUACUCAAGGAUGUGUUCUUGAACAAGAGCGAAUUCUUGAGUCCCUUGCGUUGCUGGAUGGCAAUGAUAUCGAAAGAGGCGUUGGGGAGUAAGCUUCAGGGUUUGAACUUGAGUGGAUACAUGGGGAGCCUGUUACAUUUGCUCCAUGAGUUGAGAAAACUGGAUCUUAGCUCCAAUAACAUCCCUAGUGAAAUUCCUUACAGCCUACCCAUUAUUGUCACCCACUUGUGAGUUUUUCAUUUCUCGUAUCCUCUGGAUUCGAAUUAGUACAU